AUGGCUCCAGUCGCUGCCGUACUCUGCGGUAAACAGCCGCACUUGACCGAAUUUAUGAUCAAGAAUCUCCUUCCCAAGAUCGAGGUCGUCCAUGUGUGCAACAGUGCCGACACAGCCGUCUCUGAGAUCCCUGCUCUUCUCAAGGGCGAAAUUACCCCGCCUUCCUCGGGUUUGGGGACGAACGCGGAGGGAUCUGGGCGGUCCGAUAUUUCGCUCAUCAUCGUGGGCGGAGGCUUUUCGCCACAAGAUGUCCAAGCCAUCAAAUCAGCUGCUGAUGCCGUGAAGCCCGUGGCAUUGUUCUGCGCGGACACCAGCAAGACCCCGGCUGGCGCAGGACCCCCACCCCCAGAAAUGAUCAAGAAAAGAAUGAUGGCCGGUAUCGAGAAGGAGGAGAAAGGCGAGGGAGAAUGGGCUCCUGGGAUGUACAUGUAUUGA